ACAGGUGGAUGGAUUGUUUUGUUUUGAUUUGAACUUAAUUCUUUGAAACAAUUUUUCAACACAUUAAACAUUUUUUUGUCUUAUUUCAUCAAAGUUACAAACAUUUUGACAAUUCAAUAUUAAAUAUCAAAAUGAAUCAACAAAAAAAAGAUCGUAAAUGGUGUAACUUUGACUUUGAUGAGAAUGAACCUCCCAUGAAAUUGAUGAGGAAAAUCCCUAAGGAAACCUUAAGUGAGGCAACAGAAGUAAGUGAUCUGAAAGAAGUUACCUCUGCACAUGGCAAAGCAAAAAGUUCUUAUACCAUUAUUAAUGAGAAAAAUUGGAUAAAAAAUUUUGAUCCCGUCACAGUUGAUGAUCUAGCUGUACACAAUAAAAAAGUUCAAGAAGUUGAAGAAUGGAUUAAACAUUGUUGUGAUCGGAAUCAGGGUGAUAUGUUACUAUUGACAGGACCUGUGGGAUGUGGGAAAACCGCCACAAUCUUUAAAUUAGCAUCAAAAUAUAAUAUUAAAGUUACAGAAUGGAUAACACCUUUAGAUAUUGGAGUACCUUCAGAAUAUGGUGAAUUUGAACACAAAGAAAAACAGUCAUCAAAGUUUCUUGAUUUUAUUAUUAAUGCUGCUAACUUCACAUCUUUAUUAGAUAAUAACAACAGGAAACUAGUGUUAGUUGAAGAUUUUCCAAAUACCUUUUUAAGAACACCUUCAGAAUUUACAGAUGUUUUACACCAGUACAAGCAUAGGGCUCGAUCUCCAAUAGUGUUCAUUUGCUCAGAAAUGCAUACAGAUAAUAAGAAUACUGCAGUUAAUCUUUUUACCCCAAGUUUGAAGGAACAAUAUAAUAUUCAACAAAUAGUUUUUAAUAGCAUAUCAAUGACUGGUUUGAAAGGAGCAUUAAAAAGAAUAGCAGAAAUAAUAAGCAAGAAACAUACUGCUGUCUAUAACAUUCCGACCUCUGAUAUGAUAGAGUGUGUUGUCAAUUCGUCAGGAGGUGAUGUGCGAUCAGCAGUAUUAAAUCUUCAUUUUGCCUGCCUCAAGGGUUCAAACACUACUUUAGAAACAAGUGUUUUGGUUGAAAAAGAAACAAAAAGUAAAGGAGCAAGAAAGAAAAAAAAUUUCUCGAGCAAAUUUAUGUCAAUAGGCAAAGAUCAAACUGUUAGUAUUUUACAUGGAGUUGGAAGAGUUCUGAACCCGAAGGUAACUGAAGAAAACGAAAGUCGAAUGUUAACCCAUAAGCCUUCAGAUAUCAUUGAACAAUUCCUGAGCCAGCCUAGUUCCUUCGUAAAUUUUUUAGAAGAAAACUACUUGCCACAUUUUUCGAGCGCGGACCACGCCGACAAGGCCGCUGCGGCGCUGAGCGAUGCAGACUAUCUGCUGGCCGAAUGGAGGCAAUUGCAAACUAUGAUGGAAAAGCUAACUGCUAAAUAAACGAGACUGGUCAAUCGCUCCACGCCACUGCUGCUUCACGACAACGCUAGACCACACACUGCACGAGAGACAGUUACCAAAUAAGAGGAACUUCAAUUGGAAUGUCUAAGAUAUCCACGUACUCCCCGGACCUUGCUCCGACAGAUUACCAUUUUUUAGAAAUUUGGAUAACUUCAUCCAAGGGAAAAAUUCAACUCCGAUAGGGCAGUCCAAACCGCCUUCAAAGAUUUUAUUGAUUCUAUUUAUUCCGAAUGGUUUUUUUAAUGAAGGGAUAUGAGAUGGCAAAAGUGGCUCUUGCUUUGAUUAAAUAAAUAUAUUAUAUUAAAAAAUAUUCGACUUUUUGUCCCUCCUAUACCAAACGCCAAUUUCAUUUGUAAGGCCCUAAUAUAAUUUUGUAUGGAUCUUUUCUCUGGGUGAAGUUUUAUACACAACUUACGGGUUACCUAGAAGAAUUAAUUAAUUGAGUUAUAAUAUAAAGAGAUAUUAUAAUUGUAUUGUAUUGCAUGGAUACUUAUGCUAAGCUUGCUUGUGGCAUUAGGAAGCCCAGUUGUAAUGAUAGUUAAAACAAAACCUUUUUUUCUUAUUUUUUUAAACCACACAGAAUCAGAAACAUAACAAGUGAUUUACUAUCAAGAGUUAA